GGCAGCAGCUCAUUGACUCUGAGGUAAACAUGCAGGUCGUGAUUCAGUCGGGAGUCUGACCCUCGCCGGUCGCCCGGACCAAUCACGGAGCAGUUUGGCGCAGAGUCGCAACAACAGGAAGCAGUCGGCAUAAACACGAGCUAUAAACACAGUAAACAGAAAAGGCGACACAACGCUGCGCCGCGCCGCUGAUUAAAGGGCGAAGACGUUUGCCAAAGAGGCGUUGAGAGGGAGAACGUACACAAACAGUCAGCGAUGGAAAUCCCAAAGAGAGUCAACAAAUCAGACUGAGGCCAGGUCUAAAAAUAGGCGUAAUGAAGAUGGUGUGAGGUCUGCGUGAUAGUUUCAUUCAUCUAUGAGUUGUGUGUUUGUUAGCAAACCACAUCCACUGCUGAGCAUUUGGAGGAAGUGGUUUGUCUGCAAAGAAAAAAGAAGGAAAAAAAAGGGUCAUCUGGCUUCACUUUGUGUACUUUUAUUUUGAAAAUUCAAGUUUUCCCUCUGAAGGGGAGACAUGACAGGAAACGCUGUUUUUCGUGGUUUGGUCAAGAGAUUUUCUUUUGAGACCAGCAGACAAAUAAUAUUAUUAUCUGUAAAAUUCUCAAAAAUUCACCAAAAGUUACCAUUAGAUAAUCAAAAACAAACAUUUCAGCAAACUUGUAAUGCAAAAAACAGCCUUAAUGUCAGUAAUCAUCUAUUAACAUUUUUAUUUAUAUUCACCUUUAGCGUUGUUCUAUUGUAUUUAUAACUUUUUUUUGUUUACCCACUUGUAAAAGAGACCUUGAUCUCAAUGCAAUGUUGAUUUAUUGCCGAAAAAGAGACAAAACACAUCAUAAAGUAACAGAUGAAUUUGAUUGAUCUCUUUCUGUUAAUCAAUGUUUCUAAAGAUAACACAGUAAUGGUACAGUGAGUUAUUUAGGACAUUGUAAUCACGUAUGGAAAACCUGACAUUGUGGCGUGUAUCUUUUUUGAAGUUAUCUUUCUUCUAUUGCUUUCUUGUCAUUGUUGUGUCUUUACUUAAAAAAAAAAAACUUUUGGUGCUAUUGUUGAAUUUUCCCAAAUCAUGCUUUCUUCCUUUUUUGUCAUUUUUUUGAUGAAGCUCAAAUAAUCCCUUUGAAAAGGCUUUGUGACAACAUUUUAAUUUUUCUAACUGGAUUUUAUGCCGCCUUAUAAGUGUCCACGUAAAUAAUACAAUUCAAAAUAUAAUAUCAGAAUGUUCUGCUGGCAGGGUGAUUGAUGCGUGACAUUAAACACAGAGCAAUGAGACUGAUUCAGAAUAAUUACAAUUAUUAGUCAAAGAUCUAUCGCCACCCAGCAAAUGGCCAUUGGCGUUAAUUCAUCCUUUAUAGUAGUAUACUUGACCUCCUUCGUGGUAUUACUGCAGUAGUACUACAGUCUGCAGCAGACCGGAUGAGCCCAGUCAAGGUAGCUUCUGGUUACAAACUUUGGACCAAUCAGAGCGCCGCUUUGCCUUCCUGCCGCAGGAGCAGCAGAAGUUCAACCUGGAGCCGCUUCUCGAGGAGGGGUGGGGGGGGGGACACGGGAGAGACACCAACCGGCCCUUAAAUCCAAACCGUUCAUGCUGACUGUGUCCCGCCGACGCGCCAAAUGUCCUCGCGGGAAACGUCUCCCCGGUGAUGACGAUGUUGGGUAUGUACGUGCCGGACCGCUUCUCCCUGAAGGCGUCACAGGUCCAGGAUGGAAUCGGUCUCUACACGGCGAGGCGCGUGAAAAAGGGAGAGAAGUUCGGCCCGUUCGCGGGGGAGAAGAGGCUUCCUGCGGAGCUGGAGGAGAGCUCGGACACCCGGCUCAUGUGGGAGGUCCGCGGCACCAAAGGAGAUGUUCUGUAUAUUCUGGACGCCAGUAACCCGCGGCACGCCAACUGGCUGCGGUUUGUCCACCAGGCGCCUUCACAGGAGCACAAGAACCUGGCGGCCAUACAGGACGGAGAGAACAUCUUCUACCUGGCCGUGGACGACAUCGAGACGGACACGGAGCUCCUGAUAGGCUACCUGGACAGCGAUAUGGAGGAAGAGGAGGAGGAGGAAGAGGAGAAGGUCAUCCGAGAUGAAGACGAAAACAGCAAAGAAGCUAAGCAUCUUGUGGAAAUGGAACUGGUCAUAAAGAAGGAGGACCACCCCUGCUUGCUGUGCGAGAGCAGCUUCCCCAGCGAGGAGAUCCUGGCUGCCCACCUCCAGAGUCUGCACCAGAGGCCCAGCACGGAGGAGAAGGACUUCAAAUGCAAGACCUGCGGCAAGAAGUUCCCCGUGAAGCAGGCUCUGCAGCGCCAUGUUCUGCAUUGUACUGAAUCUCUGGACCCAUCCGGCGACUCUAAAGCCCACCAGUGCUCCAUCUGCCACAACACCUUCGGCUCCAUAUCCAGCUUUGAACAGCACAAGGAAGCCUGCAGAGGAGACGCCCGCUUCAUCUGCAAAGCAGAGAGCUGCGGCAAAAGAUUCAAGAGCAAAGACGCUCUGAAGAAGCACAAAGGAAACGUUCACACGGGGAGCGCGCGGCGGAAACUCACGUGCACCAUAUGCAACAGGAAAUGUUCCUCCUCGCUGAACCUGCAGGAGCACCGCAAGGUGAGCCUCGCGUCGACGCGGCGGCCCGACGCCAGUUGUUGCAAUGCAUUCUGGGUGCCUUCACCUCGUCCCACGAGGUCAGGGCAAACUCGAGAGCCAGAUGAGGAGGCGUCAGUGGAGUGA